AUGACCAUUAAAGUGAGGCACUGACAUGGAGUUGAGGUGUGGAAAAUGUAAAAGUGGCUCGCGGGAGGCCACUAUCCCGUGUAAUGGUGUUUGUGGAGGUGUGUUUCACGUUAAAUGUGUUGGCUUCUCCAAGUAUGAGACGGAUGCCUUGUUGAAGCAUUCGAACUUGAAGUUUUUAUGUGAUACAUGCAUUGACUAUAUCAAAGGUGCACAUAAUAGUUACAAAGAGUUAAUUGAGUUGAUUAAAGAAAAUGGAAAAAAAUGUGAAAAUAUCGUUGAAGAAAAAAUAAGUAAAGUGAACGAAACUGUAAAGCAAAUUAAAAAGAUAAUCACAGACAAAAAUAAAGAGAGCCAGGUCGAAGUAAGAGCGACCUACGCAGACAAACUAAAAGGUGGAGCGGCGGGAAAAGCACCUGUCAUAUUGAAGCCUAAAACAAAUCAAGAAAGUGAAGUAACGAAAAAAGAAGUAAAAACAAUAAUUCAGCCAUCAAAAUUGAGUGUUGGAGUGAUGGCAAUACGUUGCGAUAGCGAUGAAGCAAGAAAAAUAUUAGUUAACGACAUUAAAGAAAAAGUGAGCGAAAAAUAUGAUAUCCAAUUACCAACUAUGAGAAAACCAAAAAUUUUAAUAAGUGGUCUGAGUGAAGUGCUAGAUGGAGAGGUAAUCAUAAACGCCAUAAAAAGCCAAAACAAUUUGAAGGAUAGCUAUAUGAAGUGCUUAAAAGUACAUAAAUCACCCAAAAAUCCAGCGGUGCACAAUGCAUUGCUGGAAAUCGGCGGAAAAGGUUUCGAAAAAGUUAUGAGUUUAAAAAAAAUAAACGUUGAAUGGGAUAGAUGCAAAGUAUAUGAGAGUAAUAAUAUUUUAAGAUGCUUUAAGUGCUGGGGCUUUAAUCACAAAGCUGCAGGAUGCAAGGAAAAUGACCAAAUAUGUGCCAAGUGUGGCGAAAAGGGCCAUACGCAUCAUCAGUGUACAUCUGAAUUGUUGAGAUGUGUGAAUUGUGUGAGAGCAAAACAAAGGUUUAAUCUGGGUAGCUUAUGUGUAAAUCAUGACUGCAGAGACACUUGUUGCCAAUCUUUACAAAAAAAAUUAAAAAUUGAAUCUGAAAGGAUUCAGUAUUAG